GUCUGGGAUACACGCUUGGGCCUGAUCUGGCAUUGAGGAUGGCCUGCCCACAGGGACAGCCAGUGUGAGACCAGGUCCAGGCUGCUGCAGCCAUGAGACCUCCAUGCACUAUAGCUACUGGAGUCCCAGUAGAGCUGGAGUCCAGCCUGAUUCCCACCCACAGGUUGUAACCAAUGAGCCCUAAGAGAAGCGCUGGAGACCAGGAAGGCCCAGAUCCAGGGGUAGGGGUGUUGGAUCCUCUCCAUUGGGGUGCAGGCAGAGAGGCGAGGAGGAAGGAGACCCUUCGUGACUCUCAGCGAGGCUGUGAAGAGGAAUGUCCUGAAGCCACAGGAGAAUACGCUGCCAUCAACUCCAUGCUGGACCAGAUCAACUCCUGUCUGGACCACCUGGAGGAGAAGAACGACCACCUCCACGCCCGCCUCCAGGAGCUGCUGGAGUCCAACCGGCAGACACGCCUGGAGUUCCAGCAGCAGCUCGGGGAGGCCCCCAGUGAUGCCAGCCCCUAGGCUCCGAGAGCCCCCAACCGGGACCCAACCCUGCCUCCCUGGGCUAGGCUCUGGCCUGGGUACUCACCUCCUGGCUUAGACACCUUCUCAAGGGCUGGUCUUCAGGGUCCCCUGGUGGGUCUGCCUACCUGGACCACCCUUCCUGCCUGGGCCUCCCCCUUGGCCUACCUGGGCCAGCCCCCACUGCCUGGCAUCCCUUCCUGGGGCCAAGAGUGGGCCUGCAACCCACCCACUUGCCUGCCCACCCAACUCCUGGGCACUCCCCACUCUGCCCAGGCCUUGAGUGUCCACAUUAAAUGGGUCUCCCACACC